CUUUCUCCACUCCCUCCGCCUUGCUCCCUCCGCCCUCCCAGGGCUCUGGCGGCCGCGGAGUGAACGGGACGGGCCCGGCCGCAGAGCGCGGGGCGGCGGGUGGGACGCGGCGCCCGGCAGAGUUGUUCCGGCCCUGUCUGCGGAGACGUGAGGAGGCUUCUGUUCGUGACCGCGUCUCGCCCUCGCGCUCCCCCUGCCUCCUCCCGGCACUUUGCUCCGCUCCUGCUGUUGAUGCUUGUGGUUUUGCAGUUUGGGAUGGGCUGCGUCCUGGGCAGAUCUCUACCUGCAAGGAAUGCCCCGCUUCGGAGUUGACCGCCUGGCCACGAAAAUCCUCUGUCCAGUUUUGACCAGGUGGAUGUGGAAAGAGAAGUUUGUAGAAUUGAAAUGGAGGUCAGAGCUUCAUUACAGAAGGUUAGUGGGUCAUCGGAUUCUGUGGCUACACUGAACAGUGAAGAAUUUGUUUUGGUUCCUCAGCAUGCAGAUACUUCUACAAAAGAUGAUGAAAAACCUGAACUGAAGAUAGUUUCUAAUGGUGAUGAACAAUUGGAAAAAGCCAUGGAAGAGAUUUUGAGAGAUUCUGAGAAAGGGCAAAACAGUCUUGUUGAUUGUCAAAGUUCCACUGAGAUUUCAGACCAUUCAUUUGGAGAUGUUUCAGCCAGCCAAACAAAUAAGCCAUCUCUUCAGUUAAUUUUGGAUCCAUCAAAUACAGAAAUUUCUACACCCAGACCGUCUUCUCCAAGCGGAUUACCUGAAGAAGAUAGUGUUUUAUUUAACAAACUGACCUACUUAGGAUGUAUGAAGGUUUCUUCCCCACGUAAUGAAGUGGAGGCUCUACGGGCAAUGGCAACUAUGAAAUCUUCCAGUCAGCACCCCUUUCCUGUUACUCUGUAUGUGCCAAAUGUUCCAGAAGGUUCUGUGAGAAUUAUAGACCAAUCCAACAAUGUGGAGUUAGCUUCUUUUCCGAUCUAUAAGGUGUUAUUCUGUGCACGUGGACAUGAUGGGACAACAGAGAGCAAUUGCUUUGCAUUUACAGAGAGUUCCCAUGGUUCAGAAGAAUUUCAGAUACAUGUUUUCUCUUGUGAAAUUAAAGAGGCUGUAAGCAGAAUUUUAUAUAGUUUCUGCACAGCAUUCAAACGUUCCUCCAGACAAGUGUCUGAUGUUAAAGACUCAGUUAUUCCUACUCCUGACAGUGACGUGUUUACCUUCAGUGUCUCCUUGGAGGUAAAAGAAGAUGAUGGAAAAGGAAACUUUAGUCCUGUGCCUAAGGAUAGAGACAAAUUUUAUUUCAAAUUAAAACAAGGAAUAGAGAAGAAGAUUGUGAUUACAGUGCAGCAACUUUCUAACAAAGAAUUAGCUAUUGAAAGAUGUUUUGGAAUGUUAUUAAGCCCAGGUCGAAACGUGAAGAACAGUGACAUGCAUUUACUGGAUAUGGAAUCCAUGGGAAAGAGCUAUGAUGGGAGGGCUUAUGUUAUUACUGGCAUGUGGAACCCCAAUGUACCAAUAUUUCUGGCACUUAAUGAAGAAACCCCAAAAGAUAAACGAGUGUACAUGACUGUGGCAGUGGAUAUGGUCGUCACAGAGGUGGUGGAGCCCGUGCGCUUUCUUCUGGAGACGGUAGUACGUGUGUAUCCUGCGAAUGAGCGGUUUUGGUAUUUCAGCAGAAAGACUUUCACAGAGACUUUCUUCAUGAGGUUGAAACAGUCUGAGGGAAAAGGGCACACCAGUGCUGGAGAUGCAAUAUAUGAGGUAGUAAGUCUACAGCGACAGUCUGAGAAGGAGGAACCAGUCACUCCCACUAGUGGAGGGGGUCCAUUGUCACCACAGGAGGAUGAAGCAGAAGAGGAGAGUGAUAAUGAACUCUCAAGUGGAACAGGUGAUGUGUCUAAGGAUUGUCCUGAGAAGAUCCUGUAUUCUUGGGGAGAAUUGCUAGGAAGAUGGCACAGUAACCUUGGUGCACGACCGAAGGGGCUGUCCACUCUGGUGAAGAGUGGCGUCCCCGAAGCCCUGAGGGCAGAGGUGUGGCAGUUAUUAGCAGGCUGCCAUGACAACCAGGCAAUGCUGGAUAGAUACCGACUUCUUAUCACAAAGGACUCAGCCCAGGAGAGUGUUAUCACUCGAGAUAUUCAUCGUACAUUUCCUGCCCAUGAUUACUUUAAAGAUACUGGAGGAGAUGGCCAGGAAUCACUCUACAAGAUCUGCAAGGCCUACUCUGUCUACGAUGAAGACAUUGGGUACUGUCAAGGACAGUCUUUUCUGGCUGCUGUAUUACUGCUGCAUAUGCCAGAGGAACAAGCAUUCUGUGUUUUGGUGAAAAUCAUGUAUGACUAUGGUUUACGAGAUCUCUACAAAAACAACUUUGAAGAUCUUCAUUGCAAGUUCUAUCAGUUGGAGAGACUAAUACAGGAGCAGUUACCAGACCUGCACCACCAUUUUUGUGUUCUGAACCUGGAAGUUCAUAUGUAUGCCUCCCAGUGGUUCCUCACUCUUUUUACAGCCAAGUUCCCACUCUGCAUGGUCUUCCACAUCAUCGACUUACUGCUUUGUGAGGGUUUGAAUAUAAUCUUUCAUGUAGCCUUGGCUCUCCUAAAGACCUCAAAGGAAGAUCUUCUGCAGGCUGAUUUUGAAGGUGCUUUAAAGUUUUUCAGAGUUCAGCUUCCAAAGAGAUACAGGGCAGAGGAAAAUGCCAGAAGACUGAUGGAGCAGGCUUGCAAUAUUAAGGUACCAACCAAGAAACUGAAGAAAUAUGAGAAAGAAUAUCAGACAAUGCGAGAGAGUCAGCUGCAGCAGGAAGACCCAAUGGAUAGAUACAAGAGGGAGAACCGGAGACUGCAGGAGGCCAGCAUGAGGCUGGAACAGGAGAAUGAUGACCUCGCCCAUGAGCUAGUAACCAGCAAGAUCGCUCUGCGAAAUGACUUGGAUCAGGCAGAAGACAAGGCAGAUGUGUUGAAUAAGGAGCUCCUCUUGACCAAGCAGAGGCUGGUGGAGACUGAAGAAGAGAAGAGGAAGCAAGAGGAAGAGACGGCCCAGCUAAAAGAAGUCUUCCGGAAACAACUGGAGAAGGCAGAGUAUGAGAUAAAGAAGACCACAGCUAUCAUUGCUGAGUAUAAGCAGAUCUGUUCCCAGUUAAGUACCAGACUGGAGACACAGCAAGCGGCCAGCAAGGAGGAGCUAGAAGUGGUAAAGGGUAAAAUGAUGGCCUGUAAACACUGCAGCGACAUUUUCAGCAAAGAGGGCACUCUGAAGCCCGCGGCCAUCAGCAGGGAGGAGCAGGGCGUAGACCUGGCUGAUGAGAAGGACGCCCUGAAGAAGCAGCUGAGGGAGAUGGAGCUGGAGUUGGCACAGACCAAGCUGCAGCUGGUGGAGGCCAAGUGCAAAAUCCAGGAACUUGAACAUCAGAGAGGAGCCCUUAUGAAUGAAAUCCAAGCUGCAAAAAACUCUUGGUUUAGCAAAACCCUGAACUCUAUCAAAACGGCCACGGGCACCCAGCCGCUGCAGCCACCGCCGGUCACCCAGCCCCCCAAGGAGAGCACAUAGUUCCAGCCUCCCCACAAGCACAAGAGCACAACGAUCAAAGGGACAGAAACCCAGGAGGAAUCUCCCCGUAUCCCUUUGCAGGAAAGUACAGGAGGCCAGAAAGCAAGCCAGGAUCUCUCAGUAGCUCUCACUCUUUCUCGUUUGACACUUUGCAAAGGGAUGUUUAAACUGACCUGAGUUAUGUUGAAUACCUGCUUUCGAGCUUCUUCAUGGAAGGCCAUGUUCAGUUCCAUCAUAGUAUUACCCAUUAUUUUAUAUGCCUGAUGUUUAGUUGGAAAUAAGUAAUUCAGAACUAAAUGCUUUUUAUUUAGAACUAAUUAUUCAUAAUUACACUUAUUUUCCAUAAAAAUGGAGAUGUCUUUUAUUCCAAGGUUGAAGUGAUAGAAUGAUAUUUGUCACAGAAAAAGAAAAGAAAAAGCAAAAAGAUUGAAAUAUAAACCUCUUAUCUUUUCAGAAUUUAUUCAGAUAAAGCACACUGUGGGACCAUUUAUGACAACUGUCAGGUUUCUUCCUGAAAGUGACUCCCUGGAAAACGAUAAUCCUGUCUAAAGAAUAAACCUGGGAUUGAACAGGCCCCCCAAAAAGAAUGAGUUUAUUUUCAUUUCCUGAUGGGUAUAUCUGGAAAUGAAGUACCAAGGACCAUGGAAUAAGAUAGACUAUUGAGAAAACACCCUAGAUGAACAGAGAUUUUGAUAAAUGCAGGAUAAGAUAAAUCAUUUGGCCCUAGUAUUCUAACAGGUCCUUUUGAGAAACUCUACACGGGAAUUGCCGAUUCUUAAGUCUGAACACAGUUGUGACUUACAGCAAACGUGAAGUCAGAGGUGGCUAUUGUGAGUUGCAGCAUUAGGGAACCUUUACCAGAGAAGCCUAGAAAGGCCCAGGGUCAGCCAUUGUGCUUCAAAUGAAAUAGAGAACCAGGGACAGAGUAUUUCAUUUAAUGUUGACAUAUAUUUGCUAAGUAAACACUAAUAUACUUUACUUUUUAAAGUUAUGAAAUGGGAAAUAAAGGUCAGCUUCACAUCAUCUUAGUUUACUGUUAGACAACUUUUACUGAUUUCUGUAUCUCCCUAAAAUGCCCUUGGUACCCCAGAUGAAGAGAUGCAAAUGCAUUGGUAACAUUUUUGAUUGAAUAUAAAAUCUUUAUAGAAAUACUUAUCUCAUGGAGAAGUAAAGCUGUUCUUUAAAAGUUGGUGGAAAUUGUUUUUUUCAAUUAUAUUUAACCUAUCUAUAUAUAUAGUCCUUGCAGGAAAUCUUUUGGUAACCGCAAAACUAAUUUUCACAUUUUCUCAGCUAGUUUGGAGGCUUUGGUCCUUUUAUGCCAACCAAACUACUGUCCGCUAUGUACAAUAACAUUUAUUGAUACUCAUACUGCGCUUCAUUGUUGAACAUAUUCUUUGCAAAGGAUCUUAAACUCUGUAGCCAGAGUGAUUCUCAUCUGUGCCAUAUGUUGCAAUUAAAAGUAACACAUUCUUGGAAGCCUGGGUGGCUCAGUCAUUAAGCGUAAGCGUCUGCCUUCGGCUCAGGUCAUGAUCCCAGGGUCCUGGGAUUGAGCCCCACAUCGGGCUUCCUGCUAUGCGGGAAGGCUGCUUCUCCCUCUCCCACUCCCCCUGCUUGUGUUCCCUCUUUCGCUGUCUCUCUCUGUCAAAUAAAUAAAAUCUUAAAAAAAAAAAAAAAGGAAGUAAAAAUUAAAUAAGAGCCAUUUCAACUCCAGGAGCAUGCACUAUAAGUUGCUCAUAAUAGAUCCUUUCCUCCAAAAUGAUCAUUAAACUCUAAAGAGUUAAGUCCCCUUCAUUGGUGUUUAUUAUAUCAUCUACAAUGCGUAAAACUGAUAUGGAUGUUAUCCUUUGUUACACUCAUCAAAUACUUUUCUUACAGAAUUGUGUUUUGUCCUGUCACCUUUCAUUAUAAUCAUGUCCUUGUAAUCAAGCAUUCUGAGUGUCCAUGUUGACUCUGAUAUUCCCUACUUGGUGAUUUAGAAAAGGUAAUCUGCUUUUUUGUUGUUGUAAAAUAUAAUGGCUAGAAAAUUGCAUCUUGGUACUUGUUUCUGUAAAUUAUUUAGUAUAAUUUUUUAGCUUUGCUGGUACUUUAUGCUUUGAUUCCAAGAAGCCUUGUACAAGUUGCCUUAUCAAAUGGCCAGCUAAAUCAAAGAUGUUCUUUUGUGUUUUGUGAAUCAUACAGUUUUACUGUACAGAGCUCUUUUUAACUUCCAAAAAUCAGCACAUUCCA